AUGGUAGGAACGGGUUACAAUGAAUGGGUUGCAACGUCCGAGAAGCUCCCGGCUGUACCACACGCCAUGCGUAUGCCUGAAACGGAAUUGACAGCGAAUCAGCGUCUAGUCCGUGCGUGGUUUGGCAAGAUGAUGUUACUACCAUCGUAUCAGCGUAUGCUCAAGCAGAUGGAUUUCGCAGAACACAGGAAUUUGACAGCGCAAUAUGUGCAGCAAGGUCAGCAGACGAACAUUCCUCGAUUAGGCUGCGCGCCGAGUCGUCGAUUGGUUGCGUCUGCAGAUAGCUGCACCUACCGAAGUUGUGUACCUAAACCAGCCGUCCCAAAACCAGCGGAUGGCUGCUCUGUAGUGUGCAAUCGCCAACGCCAUAGAGGUGACUUGGAAGAGUGUGCUGCGGCUUGCACCUGCGAAUCGAGUGACAGUCAUGCAUCCCCCGAAAUCUCACCCGCAACACCUCCUCCGGCGCCUACAUCACCUUCUCCGGCAUCCGCUCUAUCUCCUCCUGCACCUGUAUCACCUCCUCCGACACCAGCUACACCUCCACCGCCAUCAACCCCUGUCGUACCUCCUCCGGCAUCUGUUAUACCUGCUCCAGUCCCUAUUGCACCCAUGUCACCCCCGUCUACCUCAGGUCAGCCACCGUCAUCCCAUUCUGCACCAACUCCGCCUUCGUCGUCUCCAACGAUCACAUCACCCCCAAAAGUGGACAACCAAAGGCCUUCCGACGCAUGUAAAGACUCUGACACCUCUAUCGAGCAUCAACGCCCGUUGAUCCCCCAAUUGCUCCCAUGCCUACCAUGCAUAGUAUGUGCUAGAGUAACGUUGGCACAUUUUGCUGAUGUCUAA